AUGAAGCUGAUCAUCAAAGAAAAAGCCGAAGAAGUGGCUGAAUUUGCAGCACUUUAUGUUAUGAAGAAAAUAAACAGCCAUAAAUGCGGCCCUGGACGAUUUUACGUCUUGGGACUACCAACAGGUGGGGAAAAUCUUUUUUUUUUCUACGUUUUUAUCUAUUUUCAAGGUUCGACGCCACUAGGAAUGUAUAAAAAGCUGGUAGAAUACUACAGAAACGGCAGAGUUUCGUUUAAAUAUGUAAAAACUUUCAACAUGGACGAAUAUGUCGGUAUGUUCGAAAGGAAGGAUCUUGUGAUAAUUUUAUCAGGUCUUCCACAAAAUCACCCAGAAUCCUACCACUCUUUCAUGUACAAUAACUUCUUUUCUCACAUUGAUAUCGACCCAAAAAAUGUUGGUUUUAGAAAAUAUAAAUACUAUUUUCGUAGAUUCUAGGUACAUAUUUUAAAUGGAAACGCAUCCGAUUUCGAUUUGGAAUGCGAAAAUUAUGAAAAAAUGAUCAACGAGGCCGGCGGAAUCGACUUGUUUGUUGGAGGUGAGAAAUUCAAAAGAGUAAAUUUUAGACUUGUUUAUUUGAGGCAUUGGUUCUGAUGGUCACAUUGCUUUCAAUGAGCCGGGAAGUUCUUUGAGCUCUAGAACCAGGAUAAAAACUCUCAACGCCGAUACUAUUCAGGUGUAUUAUAAGUUUUUUAAAAGUAAUAAUUCAUUUCCAAGGCGAACGCUCGGUUUUUCGGCGGGGAUUUGUCCCAAGUGCCGACCCAAGCAUUGACAGUUGGGGUUCAGACGGUUAUGGAUGCGAAAGAAGUUUGUUUCGGGGAAAAUAAAGGGUUCGAAAAAAAUUUUUUUUUACAAGAAACUGAAAAGAGAGUGGAAAGAAAUUUUUUUGAUGAAGAAUCCUUGCUUGAAUUUUUUCAAAGAAGUUUCAAGAAAAAUUUUGAGAUCGAGAGCUUUUUCCAGGGAUUUUUUUGUCACUUCGGACCAGCUUCAAAAAAAUAAAUAACUAUAAAAAAACAUUUUCAAGAAAAAAAUUACACGCUAAUGAAAAAAAGUUAAAGUUAAAAAAACUGAUAGAAAUUGAAAAGGAAAAAAAUUUUUCGAAGGAAACUCUGUAGUCCGUUAGAACAUUUUUUUCGUUUUAAAAAAUUCGUCAAGCCUAAUUUUCCUUACUUUUUUCAAUAUGCAUGUAUAAUUUCACACCUGAGUUAUAUUUUGUUUUAAUAGAUCGUUCAAGCAUAAAAAUUUUCGGUUUCGAAAAAUUUCAUUCAGGCUCCGUAAAGGGAUCAAAAAUUUCAUCUUAAAAACGCCUAGUUUUUAGGAUAAAUUAUAAUUUUUCAAGGUGAUGAUUCUGAUCACCGGCGCACACAAAGCUCUCGCCCUUCAUCAGGUUUCCUUUCUAUCGUUCAAAGGAUAAAAAAUACUUUGAAUUUCAGGCGAUCGAAGGCGGAAUCACCCACAUGUGUACUGUAUCUGCGAUGCAAUUGCACAGGACCGCGAUGUUUGUGGCGGACGAAGACGCGACUCUCGAAUUAAAAGUGACAUUACCUUUUCAUACAUAGGCAAAGUCGGAAGAGAUCGAAAAAGGCUCCAUAAAAAUGUUCUUUUUAGGUUAACUAAGGUUUCCUUUUUGCUGUUUUUUUUUUGCGCCAUUUCAUUGGCUCUUGAGUAUCAUUUUUGCUGCCUUUUCCUUUUCCACCUUUUCUUGAGCCUUUUAAAUCCUGGAAAAACUGGAAAUCCCGAUAAAAGAACCCUUUUUGAUGCCUUUCUGCGGCCAUUAUCCACCUUAGCCCGAGUAUUCACACUAAAAUCCAAUAUUUCAGGUGAAAACGGUCAAGUACUUCAAGGGACUCAUGGGACAUCACAUGCAAUUGGUUGAGUGA